ACUAGUCUGAAAGUGUCUAAGAAACUCGGUUUAGGUCAGUAACCAUUUUUGCAUUUGGAUGGUGGACUUGGAGUCUGGAGAUAGUUAAUUCCUGUCUCACCAACCAACUUCAAGAAAAUUUUGACUCAUUUCCUAAUUAGUCAUAAUUUUGUACUUGGCUUCCUAUAUAUAGCCCAGUCUUUUGGCUCUCUCAUCACCACUAUCAAUUUCAUUUCUCUUCUAUAUUCAUUGGCAAAUCAACACUGCAUCAGAGAACUAUAAUUAUUCUGAAACAUGGCUUUGGUAAAUGCACAAGCAUUUUUGUUACUUGUAUUGUUCUCACUCAUGUUUGGCAUUAGUGUGGCCAACCUUAAUUACACUUGGGCCGGAGGAAGCUGGAACAAAAACCAAUUGUUCCUAUGGUAAUAAUCACCCAAAUGCUACUCAAACAUCAAAUAAAUUCAACGUUGGUGGUUCCGAAAACUGGCAUUAUGGUUUUGACUAUAUGGAUUGGGCUCGCAAGAAUGGCCCUUUCUUUGUCAAUGACACAUUAGUUUUCAAGUAUGAUCCGCCAAACCCAAGUGGCGGAUUUCCACACAGUGUAUACUUAUUGCCAAACUACUGGAGCUUCAUCAAGUGCGACUUCAGAAGGGCUAAGAGGAUAGCAAAUCCGAACCAGGGUGCAGGUGAAGGUUUCGAGUUCGUGCUGAAAAAAAUGCAGCCUUACUAUUUUGCUUGUGGAGAACAUGAUGGCAUCCAUUGCAACAACGGCACCAUGAAGUUCGUUGUUAUGCCACUCAAACGUUGGCCUUUCUGAUCAGCUGAUGAGAAUAGUAGGCUGCUGCUUCAAACUUGUCCGAAAAUGCCGACCAAUGCCAUAUUUAAUGUUUGCAUUUCGGUUUUGUUUGGAAAUCAAAUAACGAGUGUUACACUUGGUAGAUUUUGGAAUUUCAUUUUUAAUUUAUUGUGAUUGGAGUUUUGAUCUAAUAACUAUUACUGUAAUAAAUCAGGUAGUUUCUCUGUU